CCCACCGUCCCACAGACCCGCGCUGGCAUCGCAGAGGGCAGCCUCUCUUUCUCUUUCUCUCUCUUUCUCCUUCUCUGUCUCUCUCUAUCUCAUUUCGUUACGUACUGGUCAGUCUUCAGUGCAGCUCGAAUCACACUGUACCUCUGUACCUCACCGUGCCUCUAUCACCUUCAUCCCGAGCAUCGGAGACACCUCAACCUGCUGAGAGGACGAGCCGGCUUCAGGUCCAUUUGACACACAGGAUACAGGAUUGAGGACUCUUACUAAAGCAGAAAAGCUACAUCAAGCUCAGCUGAAGCUUACCCAAAACGUUUUUUUUUUUUCAUCUGGACGCCCAAACAAUAGAAGGCAACAUCACACCUGAAAGUUAGCAUGGCGACGACGGGCAUGCAGCUUCUAGGAUUGGUCAUGUCCAUUAUCGGCUGGGUGGGUGGCUUCCUGGUGUGUAUGCUGCCCAUGUGGCGCGUCACGGCCUUCAUCGGGAACAACAUUGUGACGGCGCAGAUCACGUGGGAGGGCUUGUGGAUGAACUGUAUCGUGCAAAGCACUGGCGAGAUUCAGUGCAAGGUGUACGACAGUAUGCUGGCUCUACCCAGUGACAUGCAGGCAGCGCGUGGCCUCACCAUCCUCUCCAUCCUGCUCUGCUCUCUGGCGCUGGCCCUCGGCGUUCUGGGAAUCAAGUGCACCAAGUGUGUCGGUCAGCCCAGCUUGGAGGCACGGAUGGCUCGCAUCUCCGGUAUACUCUUCGCCGUUGCGGGGUUCCUCUACCUCGUGCCCGUGUGCUGGACGGCCCACUCCAUCAUCAAGGAUUUCUACAACCCGUACGUGGCGGCGCCACACAAGCGUGAACUCGGCCCUGCUCUCUACCUGGGCUGGGGAGGCUCAGGCCUCAUGCUUAUUGGAGGAUCUCUGCUUUACGCUGGCUCCAGCCCACCUGGAAUCCCCUCAUCGCCCACCUUCAGCAGUGGAGAGAGCAGUCCACGCAGGGCUGGGGGGAGCACGCAGGUUAAAGGUUAUGUUUAAUAGGCCACUCCGACUGCAGUUGAGCCCAUCCCAACCCCCUCUGCUAGUUUGCCCUAUCAUCAUCCAUUCCAGUUAAUGUUAAUAUUUUUUUAUUAUUCACUGUUAGUGUCUGACUGGGCAAUGAAUGAUGUGAUGAAAAAAAAAGUGUAAUUGUUUAGUUUUUCAUCUUCGUCGUCUAACCAUCUCUUUCUCUCUUUCUCUCUUUCUUUGUGUGAGUAUUUAUUCAUGUUUGGAAAAAAAAUAAAGACAUCCGACAAAGUCGCUCCUGUAAUAAUGUGUUAACGCUGUUUAAAAACAAAAACACCAAAAAAUUGAUGUGAUUAAUUUUGCUUUAAAUGAAUGCUGUCUGAAAAAGAACCUCCAUGAGAAUGGAAUUUUCUUAUAAUACAUAUGUUCUAAAAAUAAA